AUGGCGUCUUUUCGAUACCUAAAUAGCCGUCUGGCUAUUACUUCAACUUACCCCUACUUUUCACGAGUGGUCUCAUCCUUCACAGCCAAGGCUACCAUCACAGCGUCAAUACAUUCUCUCGUGGAUUGCUCAAUGGAACAACCCUCUGAGCUAUUUGACUACACGUCAGGGCGAUGGAUCUGGAACGACGCCUUCAAACACUCAGAACGAAGACGGCUUUUCAACGUCUCGGAACUGAAGCAUCUUGCGGCCUUAGCCGUCAACAAAAGCCCAGGAGAUGUGGCUCGAUUUGAGAAGCUUGGCGAAGGGGGCUUUAAUCGAACGUUUCUGAUAACAAUGUAUGAUGGCUUUCAGCUUGUAGGGCGAAUUCCUUAUCCUGCUACUGAGCCGAAGCAUCUAGUCAUCGCUAGCGAGGUCGCAACAAUGGACCUUCUCCGUAUGCACGGCAUACCAGUACCUAAGAUCUACAGUUACUCAGCUACGUCAGAGAACCCCGCUGGCACUGAGUACAUCUUUAUGGAACUAGUACGGGGGACAAAUCUGGGUGAUAUCUGGUUUAGCCUGCCAGAGAAGGCCAGAAUCACCGUCGUCACUCGACUCGUCGAAUUAGAGUCUCGACUAUUCGCACUUCCGUUUUCGGCAAGCGGUAGUCUCUACUACACCAAGGAUUUGGACGAUGAAACCAGGAAAGCCGAAGUUUUUACCACCAGCACCUCGUGCAACGGUAGCUUCUGUGUUGGUCCUGAUACAAGACUCAGCCUAUGGUAUGGGAAAAGAUCGAAAUUAAACCUCGAUCGUGGACCAUUUACAAAUCCAGCAGCUGUUCUUGCAGCUGGGGCCAAAAAAGAGAUUGCAUACUUAACCAAGUACGGCCAACCGCUCCAUCCAUUUCAACGUCUGCGCCGAGAAAUAUACAACUAUCAGAAAGUGUCGCCCGCCGAGCAUGUACACAGUCUAGACAAAUACCUGCAGGCGGUACCUUACAUGAUACCAAACGGAGACCCCAUAAUUACUCGCCCAACGCUAAGACAUCCUGAUCUCCAACCCAAUAACGUGUUUGUUUCGGACGAUCUCAGCAUUACUAGUCUGAUUGACUGGCAACACUGCGCAUUACUUCCGCUUUUCCUCCAAUGCGGUAUACCAAAUAGUCUCCAAAAUUACAGCGAUAGUAUCUCAGAGUCGCUCAUACCACCUGAACUACCACAUGAUUUCGACGAAAUGAGUGAAGACGAACAAUUUGAGCAGGUCGUGCUCCUACGUCGGCGUCAGCUGCAUUAUUUCUAUGUCGCGGCAACGGCUAAACUCAACCCAGUCCACUAUAACGCUCUGACCCGCGACUUUAGCACGUUGCGACGUAAACUAUUUGAUCACGCAAGCUCUCCAUGGGAAGGCGACAACAUCACUCUGAAAGCCGACUUGAUCGAGUUAGAACAAAACUGGUCCGACAUGACAACCUCGAACUCGAACACGAGUAACGAUGCAAAACCCGUUUGCCCGAUCACUUUCUCGGAAGACGACGUGAAGCAUUACUUGCACCUGAAUGCUGUGCAGAUGGAGGCAGACGAGCAACUCCAAGCUUGCAGGAAUGCUAUUGGCAUCGGCCCCGAAGGAUGGGUACCUUUGGAUCAGUACGACGAAAUAAAGCAACGUGAAAGUAAGCUCAAGGCCGACGCACUUGAGGCAGCUGAGUCUGAGCAAGAGCGUCUAAUGCUACACGAGCAUUGGAUAUUCGAUGAUUUCGAUGAAGACGAGUACUCUUGA